AUGUCUUCAAAUCAAUUUUAUGAAUUAAAACAUAUCGAACCGGUAUAUUGUGAUAGCUCAAGGCAAGGAUAUGUAAAAGAGAUUGUUACUGUUAAAGAUGAAGUUAAGGUGAAUCCUGCCAUAACCCGACCUCCUAAAGUCGUUUUUGUGGAUCGACAUGGACACGAGAUUAUAUUAUUACAAGAGUUCAACUUGAACAAAUAA